AUGGCCCUCCUCGUUGAUAAAUUGCGGCCAAAAACGCUUGAUGCGCUCACAUAUCAUCCCGAGCUCUCGGACCGUCUCCGUUCCUUGGCUCAAAGUGGCGACUUCCCUCAUUUGCUAGUGUACGGGCCAUCAGGGGCCGGCAAGAAGACACGCAUUAUCGCAACACUAAAGGAACUUUACGGCCCUGGAGUUGAAAAGAUCAAGAUCGACGCCCGAGUAUUCCAAACUACCAGCAACCGCAAGCUAGAAUUCAACAUCGUCUCCUCCGUCUACCAUCUCGAGAUCACACCCGCCGAUGUCGGGAACUACGACCGUGUUGUCAUUCAAGAAUUGCUCAAGGAGGUUGCCCAGACGCAGCAGGUGGAUCUUUCGGCGAAGCAGCGGUUCAAAGUGGUGGUGAUCAACGAAGCCGAUCAUCUUACCCGUGAUGCUCAGGCUGCUCUGCGUCGUACCAUGGAGAAAUACAGUCCUAACUUGCGAUUGAUUCUCCUCGCCAACAGUACCUCCAAUAUCAUUGCACCGAUUCGUUCUCGUACCCUGCUGGUCAGGGUUGCGGCGCCCACCGAAGAGGAAAUCUGCUCUGUGCUUCGUAUUGCCGCGAAGAGGGAGGGCUGGAAUGAGGCUGAUGGAUUGAACAAGCGGAUCGCGCGGGACAGCGGGCGUAACCUCCGCCGUGCGUUGUUGAUGUUUGAGUCUAUCUAUGCACAGAAUGAGAAAGUCACAGACAAGAGCCCUAUUCCGCCUCCCGACUGGGAAGCGUUGAUCUCUGUUGUUGCGGAUGAGAUUCUUGCAGAACGCUCGCCGGCUCGGCUGUUGCAAGUCCGUGCCCGUCUCUAUGACCUCUUGACACAUUGUAUCCCCCCCUCGACAGUUCUCAAGACCUUGACUUUCAAGCUCGUUGCAAAGGUCGACGAUGCGCUCAAACCUGACGUGAUCAAGUGGUCUGCAUUCUACGAGCACCGGAUCAGAUUGGGAAGUAAAAUUAUUUUUCAUCUCGAAGCUUUCGUGGCUAAGUUCAUGCGCAUUUACGAGAGUUAUUUGAUGGGUAUGGACUUCUAG